AUACAUAUCUUUAACGUGAUUGAAAACGCUGUAUGUUACACAGUUAGCUAUUUUCUCGAAGAUUCUACGAUUACUCACCUGGCCAGACAACCACUGGGGCUUUUAAAAUUAUAUAAACAUUGACCUGACCCAUGAUGUACAAGUCUAGUAGGUGACACUCAGUAGGUGACGUUCAAACCAGGAUACACAAACACACAACUCUCUGCUUCAGUCAUACAAGUUGAAGAAUAACAAACCACAAAACAAAAUGAAUUCACUCGCCUGGAUUACUUCUCUUGUAUUGCUUACAUCUGUACUCCUCUGUGCUUUCGGUGAUGAGGAGACUAGUUAUUCUUGUUUUUCCGAUGAGCAAUGUUCAAACGCAAGCAAUGCCUCCAACUUCUUCAUGAACCAAGUGAAAUACUGCUGCAAGGCUGGUGACAAACUGGUCAUUUCCGCUAAGGGAAAGAAUUUCCACUUCAAGGGCAGUUCUUUUGUUCACAUUGAAAAGAGGGACGCGCAGGUUGAAGCGCUUCCUGAAGAGGAAACCAAGACGUCUGUAAAUUGCACUUGCUCCAGCGUGGACCCAAAGUUAAUCGAGGAAGAAGCGAAGAGCGCUUUGGAAAAGAUGCAACAAGAAUUCAAAAGUGACAACAUUGAUUACUGAAAGAUUUCGUUCAAGUUCUUCAGCAGUUCUGUACUUGUGAUAGUGUCUGUUUCAUCGAGCUUGCAAGAGACACAAGACACAAGUACAAGACACAAGUACAAGACACAAGUACAAGACACUCAGGCAUCUCUUGAGUAAUCUUUCGAACCCAGCCAGCCAUUUACAACUACAAGACAAACUUUUACAUUAAAUAGACUGUCACACACA